UCUCAGCUUAGUUACACCGCCGAAAGGAGAAUUCUUUUUAAAACUAGAUUUUAUUUUCAAUCAAAAUUUAAUGACUGACUCAAAAUAUUUCACUACUACAAAAAAAGGAGAAAUAUUUGAAUUAAAAAAUGAGCUAAACAGUGAUAAAAAAGAAAAAAAGCGUGAGGCUGUAAAAAAAGUUAUAGCUAGUAUGACAGUAGGAAAGGAUGUCAGUGCCUUGUUUCCUGAUGUAGUUAAUUGCAUGCAAACUGAUAAUCUUGAACUGAAAAAAUUAGUAUAUCUUUAUCUUAUGAAUUAUGCUAAAAGUCAGCCUGACAUGGCAAUAAUGGCUGUUAAUACAUUUGUUAAGGACUGUGAAGACACAAACCCUUUAAUUAGGGCCCUUGCUGUCAGAACCAUGGGUUGUAUUAGAGUUGAUAAAAUAACUGAGUAUUUAUGUGAGCCUUUAAGAAAAUGCUUGAAGGAUGAAGACCCUUAUGUUAGAAAAACAGCAGCAGUUUGUGUUGCCAAGUUGCAUGAUAUUAAUCAUUCAUUAGUGCAAGAACAAGGUUUUUUAGAUUCUUUGCGGGAUUUAUUAUCAGAUCCUAAUCCUAUGGUUGUAGCCAAUGCAGUUGCUGCUCUUUGCGAAAUUGCAGAAAAUUCGCCCGAUCCACUUAAAAUUUUGAAUCUCAAUACCCAAUCUGUCAAUAAACUAUUGGCGGCUUUGAAUGAAUGCACUGAAUGGGGCCAAAUUUUUAUUUUGGAUUGUUUAGCUAAUUAUCAAGCAAAAGACGAAAAAGAAGCUCAAAGCAUAUGCGAAAGAGUUAGUCCUAGAUUAGCCCAUGCCAAUGCUGGGGUCGUAUUAUCCGCUGUCAAGGUAUUAAUGAAAUUCAUGGAGUCAUUGCAACAAAACAAUGAAUAUGUCAACUCUUUGAGCAAGAAAUUAGCACCUCCAUUGGUAACGCUGUUAUCAGCCGAGCCUGAAAUUCAAUAUGUUGCUCUGAGAAACAUCAAUUUGAUUGUUCAAAAAAGACCCGAUAUUCUGAAAAACGAAAUGAAAGUAUUUUUCGUGAAAUACAAUGACCCUAUAUAUGUUAAGCUGGAAAAACUUGAUAUCAUGAUCAGAUUGGCUAAUGAGAGUAAUAUAGCGCAAGUUCUAGCCGAGCUGAAAGAAUACGGAACCGAGGUCGACGUUGAUUUCGUACGGAAAUCUGUUCGAGCGAUAGGAAGAUGCGCUAUUAAGGUUGGACCUGCUGCCCAAAAAUGUGUUUCUACCUUACUCGAUUUGAUCCAAACUAAAGUUAAUUAUGUAGUUCAGGAGGCUAUCGUUGUUAUCAAGGAUAUUUUUCGUAAGUAUCCCAACAAAUAUGAAAGUAUUAUCUCUGUCUUGUGCGAAAAUUUAGACUCUUUGGACGAACCCGAAGCUAGAGCAUCAAUGAUAUGGAUUAUUGGUGAGUACGCCGAAAGAAUUGAUAAUGCUGACGAAUUAUUAGAUAGCUUUUUGGAUGGCUUUAAUGACGAGAAUACACAGGUUCAAUUACAAUUGUUGACCGCGAUUGUUAAAUUGUUUUUAAAAAAACCAUCUGAAACUCAAGAUCUGGUUCAGUCAGUGCUUACGCUUGCCACUCAACAUAGUGACAACCCAGAUCUCCGUGAUCGUGGGUACAUAUAUUGGCGUUUAUUGUCGACGGAUCCUGCAGCAGCGAAGCGCGUGGUGUUGGCGGAACGACCUUUGAUAAGCGAGGAUACUGACCUGCUCGAACCCUCGCUCCUCGACGAGUUGGUGACAACUCAGAUAGGUACCCUGGCAUCGGUUUAUCAUAAACCGCCUUCAGCUUUUCUUGAUCCGGCCGAUGUGGCCCAUGCUUUCAAGGCAGCCCCAGCUAAACCUCCCGCCAGCCAAUCGAAUCUUACCUCUAAUAUCAAUCUGGUUGGAGACUUGCUUGGCAAUGUUCCUGAGGAGAACAGUAGUCAGCAAAACAAAUCGAAUAAACGAGACGUUGUUAUACCAUCUGCCGAUAGCCUUCUUGGCGAUUUACUUACCUUGGAUCUAAGUUACGAUAUGAACCCAAGUAUGAACUUGCCACCUGCUUACAAUCGAACUAAUAACAGUAAUCUUAUCAAUACCAAUUACGGGAUGGGAACCGAUUCCUUCGGCAAUUUUGAUAAUCAAAAUAAUGGUCAACAGAUUAAAUCGAUUAAAAGGGACGUUGUCAUACCAUCUGCCAAUAGUCUUCUCGGCGAUUUGCUCACUUUGGAUCUGAGUAACGAUAUAAACCCAGGUAUCAUGGACUCCUCCACUUACAAUCGGACUAACAACAAUAAUCUUACCGAUUUUGGGUUUUAAUUAAAUUUUGUAAUGAUACUAAUUUACUCAUUUAUGUUAUACUAUAAUUUAUUCAUUAAAUAUAUUUAUAAAUUUAUAACAUUUAAUAUAAGAUAGUACAAAAAGAGAAGCAUAUAAAACUUUAUUCCAUUUUAAAUGAAUAAAUUUUAUUUCAUAAAUAACUUAAUUUUAGUCCGCCAAAAUGGGCUAGCUUUUUCUUCCCCUUAAUUCUUAUAAAUAAUUUAUUUUUAUCUUUUAGAAACUAAAACAUCUCGCCCUUCAUUCUUGUAAUUUUUAAAUUGUUUGUUUAAUAUUUAUAAAUAAUAAUUAUCACAAAUUUUUAUAAAUAAAUAUAAAUUCGCACAUACACCAUGUAAUUAUAUCAGUUGUAGAAUCAAUGUGUAUACUAGGCAUAUUCAAAAACCAAUUCUAAUCGAAUAGUGCAAAUCUAAUAAUUUACUAUUCGUUUGUAUAAUUAAAUCAUACUCAGAUAUAAC